CACAAUUCAUUCAACGAGAGGCCAGCUGGGCGAGAACCAAAGAAGCGAGUAGUAUUAAAAACAAAAAAAUGUUUUAGAAAAGUUAUAGACGGCAUAAACAGUUUCCAGCUAUGGCCAUGUCCAAAGUGAUUCGUGUGCUGGAGAAAUCCAUAGCUCCCUCUCCGCACAGUGUCCUCCUGGAGCACCGCAAUAAGAGCGAUAGCAUUCUCUUUGAAUCGCAUGCUGUGGCCUUACUCACCCAACAGGAAACCGAUGUGAUUAAGAAACUGUAUACGAAAGUUUGCGAUGCCUAUGGAUGUUUGGGUGCCCUUCAAUUAAAUGCCGGAGAAAGUACGGUUCUGUUUCUUGUCCUGGUCACAGGUUGUGUGUCUAUGGGGAAAAUUGGCGAUGUAGAAAUCUUUCGGAUUACGCAAACAACAUUUGUUUCACUACAGAAUGCCGCUCCUAAUGAGGAUAAGAUCAGUGAAGUGCGAAAGUUGCUCAAUUCGGGCACCUUUUACUUUGCCCACACCAAUGUGAGUGCCAGUGCCCAGGUUGGUGGUGGAGCUUCAAGUAAAUUUGAUAUAACCCUUUGUGCCCAACGAAGGCAACGUUCCUCGGAGACGGACAACCGCUUCUUUUGGAAUCGUAUGAUGCAUAUUCAUCUAAUGCGCUUUGGCAUCGAUUGCCAGAGUUGGCUGUUGCAGGCUAUGUGCGGCUCGGUCGAGGUGCGCACUGUGUAUAUAGGAGCCAAACAGGCCAGGGCGGCCAUCAUCUCAAGGUUGAGUUGUGAGCGCGCUGGUACACGGUUUAAUGUACGGGGAACCAACGAUGAGGGUUACGUGGCCAAUUUUGUAGAAACCGAGCAAGUAAUCUAUGUGGAUGGCGAUGUCACAAGUUAUGUUCAGACCAGAGGCUCCGUACCACUCUUCUGGGAACAGCCGGGAGUUCAAGUCGGUUCGCACAAAGUGAAAUUGUCGCGUGGCUUUGAGACGUCGGCCGCUGCUUUUGAUCGUCACAUGAGCAUGAUGAGGCAACGUUAUGGCUAUCAGACUAUUGUGAAUCUGUUGGGCAGCUCUCUCAUUGGCAGCAAAGAGGGUGAGGCCAUGCUGAGCAAUGAAUUUCAGCGUCAUCAUGGCAUGUCUGCCCACAAGGAUGUGCCGCAUAUCAUAUUUGAUUAUCAUCAGGAGUGUCGAGGUGGCAAUUUCUCAGCCCUCUCGAAACUCAAGGAACGCAUAGUCGCCUGUGGGGCCAACUAUGGUGUCUUCUAUGCCUCCAAUGGGCAGGUCCUUAAGGAGCAGUUUGGUGUGGUGCGAACUAAUUGCUUGGAUUGUCUGGAUCGCACGAAUUGUGUGCAGACCUAUUUGGGUCUGGAUGUCCUGAAUUUGCAAUUGGAGAGCUUAAAGCUGGGAGGCAAGCAGCAAAAUGUCUCACGGUUUGAGGAAAUCUUUCGUCAAAUGUGGAUCAAUAACGGAAAUGAGGUAAGUAAGAUCUAUGCCGGCACUGGAGCCAUUCAAGGGGGAUCGAAGUUGAUGGAUGGAGCGCGAUCGGCUGCCAGGACCAUUCAAAAUAAUCUACUGGAUAACUCAAAACAGGAAGCCAUUGAUGUUCUAUUAGUUGGUUCUACUCUAAGUUCCGAGCUGGCAGAUCGCGCUAGAAUCUUGCUGCCAUCAAAUAUGCUUCAUGCCCCGACGACAGUGCUGAGAGAGCUAUGCAAACGCUACACGGAGUAUGUCCAUCCACGUCUGGCCCGUGUGGCUGUGGGCACAUAUAAUGUGAAUGGCGGCAAGCAUUUCCGAAGUAUUGUAUUCAAGGAUUCUUUGGCAGACUGGCUACUUGAUUGUCAUGCACAGGCUCGUUCCAAAGCUCUGGUAGAUGUUAACAACCCUUCAGAGCAUGCAGAUCAUCCUGUAGAUAUCUAUGCUAUUGGCUUUGAGGAAAUAGUCGAUUUGAAUGCCUCGAAUAUAAUGGCAGCCAGCACAGAUAAUGCAAAACUUUGGGCCGAAGAGCUACAGAAGACAAUCUCCAGGGAUAAUGAUUAUGUCCUGCUAACGUAUCAGCAAUUGGUUGGUGUCUGUCUGUACAUCUAUAUACGUCCAGAGCAUGCCCCACACAUUCGAGACGUUGCCAUUGAUUGUGUAAAGACAGGAUUGGGUGGAGCUACAGGAAAUAAGGGCGCCUGCGCCAUAAGAUUCGUUUUACAUGGAACUUCAAUGUGUUUUGUGUGCGCCCAUUUUGCAGCUGGUCAGAGUCAGGUGGCCGAAAGGAAUGCUGAUUAUGCCGAGAUCACCAGAAAGCUGGCUUUUCCCAUGGGCAGGUCCCUAAAGUCACAUGAUUGGGUCUUUUGGUGUGGUGAUUUCAACUAUCGCAUCGACAUGGAUAAGGAUGAAUUGAAGGAAUGCGUCAAAAAUGGUGAUUUACCGACAGUUCUAGAAUUUGAUCAACUACGCAAGGAGCAGGAGGCUGGCAAUGUGUUUGGCGAGUUUCUCGAGGGAGAGAUUAGCUUUGAUCCUACUUAUAAAUAUGAUCUAUUUAGCGAUGACUAUGACACAUCGGAGAAACAGCGUGCUCCGGCCUGGACAGAUCGUGUGCUAUGGCGAAGACGCAAAGCUUUGGCUGAGGGUGAUUUUGGAGCCGCCUGGAAUCCCGGCAAACUUAUUCACUAUGGACGCUCGGAGCUAAAGCAGAGCGAUCAUCGCCCAGUUAUAGCCAUUAUUGAUGCAGAGAUUAUGGAAAUUGAUCAGCAGCGCCGUCGCUUGGUUUUCGAGCAAGUUAUUAGAGAUUUGGGGCCACCAGAUUCCACAAUUGUGGUACAUGUUCAGGAAACAUCGUCCGCAAAUGAGGAUGAAGAUGGUCCAACCAUCUAUGAUGAGAAUGUCAUGUCGGCCCUCAUAGCCGAAUUAUCCAAAAUGGGUGAAGUCACACUUGUACGGUAUGUGGAGGACACUAUGUGGGUUACUUUCCGGGAUGGUGAAAGUGCUCUAAAUGCUGCCUCCAAGCGGAGCACUCAAGUCUGCGGUUUGGAGCUGGUCUUUGAACUGAAAUCUGUCAACUGGCAGCAUUUAGUGGACAAUGAAAUUGAUUUGUGUACCACCAAUACCAUACCAUUAUGUGCAAAUCCUAUGGAGCAGGCCCAGUUGUUGAGUCAAAUGACUCCGGAGGUGCCGCAGCGUCCAAAGCAACCGCCGACCCGACCACCGGCACGUCCGCCCAUGCCUAUGUCGCCAAAAAACUCGCCACGUCAUAUGCCUCAUGCUGGGGUUAUCAGCAUUGUGCCCAAAGCUGCGGGACCGAGUCGUCCCCCGCAGCCACUAAUGCAGGCUCCACUUCAGCCCGUGCAGGUGCCACCGCCACGUCCACCUGCAAUGGUGGAUGCCGGCAACGGCAGUGGCUCUAAAUCGCAAUCGCCCACGGAAAUGAUUAAUUCCAUAAGCAGUUCGACCUCAACCUCGUCAUCUGGCAAAGCAUCGCCAACAACUGGAGCUGCUCUAUCGGGACCGCCCACACCACCACGUCAAAUGACAAGUAAAACAGCCACGCCCAUUACCACGCCAACAAGGCAAUUGGCCGCCGAUACGGCUUACGAGACUGCCAGCAAUAUCUAUGAAGAGAUCCAAGAGGAUGUACCAGCUCCAUGUCAUCCACCGCCAGCGGGUGCACCGCCACCACCACCACCCGUUGUCCCACUGGACAGUCCCCGAAGGCAAGUGCCACCAAUGGGACCACCGCCCCCAUUACCCAAUCGACGCGGUCCGCCACCGAUACCAAAUAGAAGCGGCAAUGCUCCACCUUUACCUUCGCGACCUACCAACAACUAGAUAAAUCGCCCCAACUAAAAAGGUGAGGUAAUUGUUUAUCCAAAUGCAUUCCAUUUGUUGCUGCUGCGCUGUAAUGUUAAUGUUUAAACCAACCAAAAUGCAAUAAGCUCAAUCUAAACAUGAAUAUAUAUUUUAUUAUUUAUGUUCAAAGUUUGUGAAACAUUCUAUAUAUGUAUGUAGUUAUAUAUCAAUGAUAUAUCAUUAUUUUCUGUUUACUGAUAACCCCAAAAGAAAACCAAAAUUGUCACCGAUUAUGAGCAAAAUGAACAAACUACACAAAAAAAAAAAAAAAACUAUAUAUACAUAUAUAUCAAAAUCAUACACAAUAUCGUAUGUCUAACAGAAUUAUAGCCGUACUAGUCAAAUUAUGAAAUAAAAAAAAAGAAAAUACUUAAAAACAAAAUAUGUUAAACACAAAAUAUGUUGAACAUAUAAGAUUGAGUAUCAAUUGUUCAACAACUCACUCACUAACUGCUACCUAAAGAAGUUUAUAUAUAUAUAUAUAUAAUAAUAAUAUUCCAUAUAUUAAUUGUUAUUGUAAAGUUACUAGAACUUUGUUUCAACAAAUGGCAAAAACAAAACUAAAACCUUUCGCAAACUACAAAAUAAAAAACGAAAGGCUACACACAAUAUUGUAUCUCUGUUGCAUUCAAAAGAAAAAAAACAAAAAAUGUUUUUAGUUGAUUAAAUGGUGUAUUAACUAACUAGUACAUGUAACUAAACAA